AUGCCGGCUGUACUUGGAGAUUCUGACGAGCAUUCUGACACUGUCUGUUCCUUUUGCCAAGGCUGCCACAACGGCCGGGUCAAGCCCGACAAGAAGCAGCGGGCCACCGUGAAGUCCAUGAGUGAAACACAGCUUCUCGACUUGCUCUUGGCGCAACUCUCCAUGCGUGCUCAAGAUGCAGGUCGUUUCGACACCCUCUUCCCGGUCCUGCAGGCGAUCCACCGUCGUCUGGCAGUCUCAUCGACAGGCGAGUCCCAUAUAUCCGGUGCAUCGUUGCGCAACUUGGAGAAGGUGAUGUCAAAGAUGAGCUGCCAGCAGAUGAUCUUCUUCGCCAAAAAGAACCCGCAAGCGGACCCUGGCCUUCUACAGUCGGUGAUGGACCAGCUGACAGGCCGCGCGAAGUCGCCCGUGAGCUUUCCUGGCUCCUCCGACGUCUUUGUUCGGCGGACAGCAGGGACUGCACUAGACGACACCAUAGGUGCCGGAGCCGUCGCUAUUCGACCUCUGACUGCUGGUGAGCUUUUGGCUGAAGAGGAACCGCUCCUGCAGUGGUCUGGUGAAGAUCAGGAGCAGUUGCAGCAGCUUUUUGAUGCGCUGCCGCUUCACAAGCAGAGUGCAAUGAUGGACUUGCAGGACAGCUUUGCACAGAACGACUCAGAGAAAACGCUGCUCGGCGUAGCUUGCACAAAUGCCUUCAACUUCCAAAACGAAGAGGAUGAGCGUUGCUUGUAUCUGGAGAUCAGCCGCUUCAACCAUUCCUGCCGCCCGAAUUGUGAAGGAAGCUGGGACGAUCGGCUAGGCUUGCUGCAAGUCUACGCUUGUGAGGAUAUCCCAUCAGGAGAUGAACUGUGUCUCUUCUACACAGAUGUUCGCAAACCACGGCAGCUGCGGCAGGAGAAACUGCAGACACUGGGCUUCACGUGCGCCUGUCCAGUGUGUCGUGCUGCAGAUCCUGCCAGCGACCGGCGCCGCGAACGUCUCUGGCAGCUGGUCGAGGAGAUACCCAGCUGCGAGGAUCCCGAGCAGGCACUUGGCCUAAUUCGGGAAAGCUUUGAGCUCUCGGACGCGGAGGGCCUGAACAUCUCCUGCUUCCGGGAGGUAACAGCCUACCAGGCGUACACCACGUGCCUCUCCAUGGGAUGCACAGAGGAGGCUGGCGAGUGGGUUCAGCGAGCCUACGAGCGACUUGGCAGAGGCGAUGGGCCCAGCGCCUGCGCCAAAGUUGCGCACCCAGAGGGCCCCCGGGGCGCCAUGGGAGCGCCAAAGUUGCGCCGGCGAAAGGGCAGCAAAGGAGAAACGCUCCUGCACCCCUCGAGAAGAAGGGACUCAAGCCAGGAGAGAUGGUUGGCCUCCCUGGUGGUGCCAACUUUGCGAGACGAGGACCUGGAUCAGCGUUGUCUCUUCAAUGGCUACCAGGGAAGCGUCUACGAAGUUGAGCUUCAGGGUUCGGAUGGAAGGUGGCGCCCAUCUGUGAUGAAGCUGCCGCCCUUCAGCAAACCUUGCCUGAAGGAUUUCGUUCAACCGGAGAGCACGGCCAAGAUGCCGAGUACCGCUGAGCGGGACCAGCUCUGGCUUUGCAUACCCUGCAAAGACGACGGUGCCUAUUUCCAUCUCUGCAAUCGAUCCUCGGGAAUGCAGGUGUUGGAGAUUCGCGGAGGCGGCCCAGGGCACAACGCCGCCUCACUGAGGCUCUCGGAGUAUUCCGGUGGCGACCGGCAGAAAUGGAAGGUUGAUGACGAGAGCCGCAUCACAAGCAAGCUGGACUGCAUGCCGGGCGAUCAAGCCAUUCCGCUGAAGUUCUGCAUCGAUGUGGUGGGUGCACAGGAUGCAAACAGUGCAGCUGUGUGUGCCUACGCAGCUAACGGCGGUCGCAACCAGCAGUGGGAGCUGGAAGUCGUGGGCCAGGCCGGUCGCGCGCGCUUGGUGCGCAUUGUGUCCCAGAUGGAUGGCAGGCGGCUGCUCACCGUGGAGAAUGGGGACGAAAUGCGCAAAGACAUGAUCUUGGAGAUCGAAUAUCUGGCACGCUGGUCCGGCGAAGCGGGAUUGGUGCAGCUACAGAAAGUGGUCUGGAACAACGGUGUGCCGCAGGCGAUCGUAGAAGAGCGACUGGGCAAGCAGCUGGGGCGAGGCACAGGAGACGCGGAGAAGGCUUGUAUUUUGCAAGAUAUCCGACGCGGCCUCGUCCACUACACCCCUCAAAGGGCUGCGAGCAGCUUGCUACCUGUCGCCAACGUCCUUCGGCGAAUUCACAGCGACGGAUAUGUCUACAACGACAUGCACGACGGAAACAUUCUUCGACACAUGAACAACGACAGCUACAAGUUGAUCGACCUCGGCAGCGUUACCCGAGCCGAUCACUGGCUGAAGGAAAUUGGAAGCCUGUACGACUGUCGAUGGAGUCGCAAUCGUGACUGGCGUGCGUUUGCACUGGCUUUCCUGGGACUGAUUUUGAAUGGCAGGCAGUUGGACGUUUGGGUCCUUGUGGGCACGAACUCUUGCAUCAAAGCGAGCUCGGGACUGGAGUGCUCUUGGUCCUCACCGAGUGAUCAGGUGGCCUGGAUUCCGCAAGAUGUUGAGGACUUGCUCACCGAACAUCGUGGACUCUGGGGCGUGUCAGAGGAGCGAGGCAUUCGCCAGGUGCUUCUUGCGCUGUUCGCACCGUGCAGCUUGCCUGAGUGA